UGUGUGCACACCACCUCGGAGAGCAAAGCAACUCUGCAUGUAGCUAACUAGCUAAAGUUUGCAACAAACAGAAGUUAUUCAGUUAUAUCACUUAUCUGACAAACCGAAUCAACGUUUGAAAUAACUCGUCCAGUCAGAUAAUAUUUAGUCUUAUGGUUUUUAAACUAAACGCGGAUGAGAAGAAAUAACGAAGGCUAACGUUAGCUGAACAUGCUAACUAGCUAACGUUACCAUUAGCUAGCUACUGUUAGCUGUGAUGGCAGCACCAACUCCACCGAUUUCUGCUACUGUGUUCAGUCAAAAGCAAAGGAGGGCUGCUCUGAGGAAAGAGAGAAGAAAACGGAAACGCCAAGCUCUCGCCCAAGCCAGAGAAUGUGGGUUAAAAAUUGGAGCAAGAUGUACACCUGAAGAAGAGGAAGAAGAAGAAAGAAAUGCUGAAGAUGAUAAGGAUUAUGAUGUUGCGGAGCAGGAAAGACUGCGGCUACAUGAAGAGUGGUUGGAAAGAGAGAGGCUUGCCCAGGAGGAGUUCAGGCUGAGGGCUGAGAGGGAGGAGUCUGCAAGGAAAAGAAAAGAGGAGGAGGAGCGGAUGAUAAAAGAGGAAUGGGAGGCCCAGCAGAAGAAAGAACAAGACGAAAAAGAGCAGAAGCAGCAGGACAAGCGAGACAGAGAGGAGGCCGUUCAGAAAAUGUUGGAUGAAGCUGAAAAUCAGCUAGAAAAUGGAGAACCGUGGAUGAAUCCCGAGGCUCCUGUGUCAAAGAACUCUGAUAACUUUGGAACAGAGCGCGACGUAGCCAACUGUCCGUUCUUCCUGAAGACUGGGGCAUGUCGAUUUGGAGACCGAUGUUCUCGGAAGCACGUUUAUCCCACAGCCAGCCCGACUCUGAUGAUUCGCGGUAUGUUUACAACAUUUGGCAUGGAGCAGUCACGCCGAGAUGAUUACGAUAUUGAUGCUUGUUUGGAACACAGCGAGGAGGAGCUGCAGGAGUCUUUCCUCGAGUUCUACCAUGACGUCCUGCCGGAGUUAAAGAGUGUCGGCAAGGUGGUGCAAUUCAAGGUCAGCUGCAAUUAUGAACCACACCUGAGAGGAAACGUUUACAUUCAGUUUGACACAGAGGAGCAGUGUAAAGAGGCCAUCAUUAAGUUCAAUGGGAGGUGGUACGCAGGCCGGCAGCUCCAUUGUGAGAUGUGUCCAGUUACACGGUGGAAGAAUGCUAUAUGCGGAUUGUUUGACAGACAGAAGUGCCCCAAAGGGAAGCACUGUAAUUUCCUGCAUGUAUUUCGAAACCCUGGCAACGAAUUCUGGGAGGCCGACCGAGACCUGCACAUGUCACCAGACCGUAGCGUCAGGGGGAGUCGCAGAGACGGGUGGCAUUCAGAGCGAUACGGAGACAGGUCGUGGCGGCAACGUCAGUGCAGCAGAAGCCCGCCGAGAUCUGAGAGAUCCCACAGCAGACGAGAGGGCGACAGGAGAAGGAGCAGAGAGAGGAGGGCCUCCCAACAGCACAGAGAGGACAAACGGUCAUCCAGACACAGCGACAGGAGGACAGAUUGGUAUCGGAGCAGAAGUAGAGACAGGUCGAGGAGUAGAAGUAGAGACAGAGAGCAAGACAGGCCAAGAAACAGGAGUAGAGAUAAGGACAGGGAGCACAAGUAUAAGAAUAGAAGUGAAGAGAGAAACAGUAGAGACAAAGAUACAGACACUCACGGAAGAGCAAGAGAAAAAAGCACAAGUCGAGAAAGAAACAAACAAAGUAGAGAAAGGAGCCCCAAGAAACCAGAUACAAAUGAGAAACCCACUAAUGAGGAUACCAACACACGCCGCCGCCACAAACAGUCCAAAAAGAGCAAAAAGAAGAGCAAGAAGAAGCAUAAGAAGAAAAGCCAUUUGCCAGAAGUGACGACCUCAUCUGGAGAGUCAGAAAAGGAGAAAGAGUCAGAGGAAGAGACGAUGGAGAAUCUCACUGUAACAAGUCCCGUUCAGGAGAUAAAGGAAAUAGAGCUAAUUCAGAAAAACAAUUAUACGGAUGAGAGUCCAUGUGUUGACAGUGAAAUGUUAGGUCCUGAGGUAAAAAUUGAGCAAUCUAACACAGAAAUGCAAUGAAAUGAAGCUGCUGGAAGAGGUGACAGGAGUACUUCUUAAGGGCUCCUACAUUUCAAAAUCUGUGAAUUUAUUCAGGCUUUUCUCCUUAUAACUAUGUGAAUGUAUAAGGAGGAAUACAUUGCACAUUUUGAGCAGUGAUGCAGUAAGUUAGCAGUCCUGUCACCAAUAUGUACAUACUGUAUGUGAAUAUUUUGCUUUUGGAAAACAGUCAAUGUUGCUUUAAUUAUUGAACACUCAAUCACCGGCGCUGCAGCACUUCAGUUAUUGUUGCUGAGUAAAAACAAUAUUAAACGAGAUCAACAAA